GGGGAGGGACGGAGCAGUCUGAUUGGUGCAUGAAUUGAAUACGUCGCAACGAAGAGAAUACUCAUCUGUUCGCAGUAGCACCAGACGGAGUUAGGUACCUACAGCAUACUUUACAAAAGCAGGGUCUUGUUCUAAACUGUCAACGAAACAACCGAACAACUGUUCUCUUUUGAACGAAACCAGAUUCAAGACAUCUUUACUCUCCAAGUGACUCUGCAGCCAUGUCUGCCAACGUUCAUAUCAACAGCUCUAAUGUGAAGUACACAGAUACACACAUUGUGUCUCAGUAUCCCUACCAGACCACAUCAGUUCAGAGAGAUGGGAACAAAGUAACAGUGACCCCCCGCACCACCGAGAUGACAUUUCGCACAGAGCGGCAUGUUCCCCGGCUGGGUGUGAUGCUGGUGGGCUGGGGGGGUAACAACGGGUCCACAGUGACAGCAGCUGUACUGGCCAACAAGCUGGGCCUCACCUGGAGAACCAAUACUGGGGUGAAGAAAGCCAACUACUUUGGCUCACUCCUCCAGGCGUCUACUGUUUGUCUGGGAACAGGGCUGGAGGGCGAGGUCAACGUGCCAAUUUGUGACCUCCUACCCAUGGUUCACCCUAAUGAUAUAGUCUUUGACGGCUGGGAUAUCUCUUCAAUGGAUCUUGGCAGAGCGAUGGAGAGAGCUCAGGUGUUUGACUGGUCAUUACAAGAGCAGCUGCGGCCACACUUGAGCCAAAUGAAACCCAGACCGUCCAUCUAUAUCCCAGAUUUCAUUGCUGCAAAUCAAGAGAGCCGGGCGGACAACGUCCUAACUGGAAGCAUGGCAGAACAGGUGGAGCAGAUCAGAGCUGACAUAAGGGACUUCCGUCAAUCAAGUGGUGUGGACAAAGUCAUUGUUCUGUGGACCGCCAACACUGAGCGCUUCUGUGAUAUCAUACCCGGGGUCAAUGACAAGGCAAAGAACCUGCUUGCUGCAAUCCAGGCUGGAGCAGAGGUCUCUCCCUCCACUCUGUUUGCAGUGGCCAGUAUACUGGAGGGUUGUGCCUACAUCAAUGGUUCUCCGCAGAACACUUUUGUCCCUGGUGCCAUCGAGCUGGCCGUGCAGAAUGGGGUGUUCAUUGGAGGAGAUGACUUCAAAUCCGGUCAGACCAAGGUUAAAUCGGUGCUGGUGGACUUUCUGGUCAGCUCGGGUAUCAAGCCGACCUCCAUUGUCAGCUACAAUCACCUUGGCAACAAUGAUGGGAAGAACCUGUCUGCUCCUCAGCAGUUUCGCUCAAAAGAGAUCUCCAAGAGCAACGUGGUGGAUGACAUGGUCCAGUCCAACUCCAUAUUGUACCAGCCUGGAGAGAAACCUGACCACUGUGUGGUGAUUAAGUAUGUCCCCCGUGUGGGAGACAGCAAGCGUGCCAUGGAUGAAUACACUUCUGAAAUUAUGAUGGGAGGGACCAACACUAUCGCAAUGCACAACACCUGUGAGGACUCUCUACUAGCCACUCCAAUCAUGCUGGACCUGGUGAUUCUGACAGAGCUUUGCCAGCGUAUUGCUGUCCGACCCCAGGGGGAAGAGGACUUCCAGUCCUUCCACAGUGUCUUGGCACUGCUCUCUUUCCUCUGCAAGGCCCCCCUGGUCCCACGUGGGACACCGGUCAUCAACGCCUUCUUUCGCCAGAGGGCCGCCAUAGAAAACAUCAUGAGAGCGUGCCUGGGCCUUCCUCCUCAGAACCAUAUGCUGCUGGAGCACAAGCUCCAGAGAAACUUCCUGCCUCAACACACCACCUAUGUCAAUGGCAAUGUGACUGCUUUGAAAAAAGCUUCACUCAGCAAUGGCAUCCAUAAACCUCUAACAAAUGGCAUCCAUGCACAUCUUGACGAUGCAACUCAUGCGUUGUGGCAGUAAGAACCUCACUACAGCCCAAGAUGGAGCUUUAACUUAACACAAUUGUUGUUGAUGCCUCGUAUAAAAAUAGCAAACCUUCUCAUUAAUCAUUCCUUUAAAAAAAACAACUACUGGUUCAACAACUGUGAAGAGUAAAUUAAACAUUUAAAUUAGUAGGAAUUCAUUCAGUCUUAGCAUAAUAAAGAAUUGUGUGGUGCUGCAACAUUUACAUAUCAUAAAUGUCUGCCUCAAUAGCUACUGAGCAUCAACAGAGUUAUAUGAAUCCCAUAAACUAUACUAAUCUCCAAAAGGCCUAGCCUGCAACAUCGUUAUUCGACUAGUUUUCUUUGCGUCAUGUAUUUGUAAAACGUAGUUGAACAUUAUAGUUCAUAAACAUGGGUCAAUAUUUAUUAAGCCCAUGUGAUGCCUAUUGUCCAGCUAUAAAUAAUAAAUUAAUCUGAUAAAUG